AUGCCUACAAGAGAAGUGCUCGACCAGUGGAAAGCCACUUCCCCUACUGCUAAAGGCGAGGGCCCCCUCCAAGGCAGAACCACCCCUGCUCAGUCUUUGGUCUCCAUGCACGAGUGUUUCGCUGCACGACCCAACGCCGAAGGAUGUAUGCAUCCCUGUCAUGAUGGACGUCUCGAGCCUGGCCAGGACCGCGUUCGUAAUAAUGGUGCCCGUACACCCAACACCAUUCACGCUGAUAUCAUCGCACAGAUAGAAGCGAAGCGAGAGCGAAAGGAGUCGGAAGCAAUUGAGAACAAAAGAAAGCAGUCCGAGAUUGCUACUAAGUGA